ACACUGCACUCAGUUGGUUAGAUCAGUACAGUUAGAACAGUACACGAGGCCACUUCAGAUUUUUCUGACACGAUGUUUCACAACCUGAGUGUGCAGUCUAACUUCUAAAUUCAAGCUGUGAUUUUCUAAUGUCCGUUUACAUGCAGAAUGAGAGCACCAACCGUGGUGGUGAUACAGCGGUUGACAGGUAUUGUAACUCAUUAAAUAUCCUUAAAGAAAAGGUUAUGGCUCUAUUAGAACACUAUCAUACAGUCAUUGUACAGAAAAUGGAAUGUGAUUUAGGAAACUUGCUCACUUACAAUGCUGACGAGUUUAAAAGUCAUUUGGCUGACGUAUUCUGUCAAUUAAAUGAGGUUGAAUUCCAGUUAAAUAAUUUGGAAUCCUGGGCUGGUCUUCCUCCUGAAUGUUUUACCCCGGCUGCUAUGAAUUAUGGUGCUGUAGAUCAUGAUCAAGUAUCUCAUGAAGCUCAAACUCUUGUAGAAGCCAUUCGACAUUUGCAAAAAGAAUUGCGUGGAAUGGUCACAAAAACCAGCAGAAAGGAUAAAUGCACAGUAAACGAUCCAAUGUUGACCUCUACAACUGAGAAAAGUGAUAGCUGUCAAAAUUCCACUCCUUACUCACUAACAAGUACAGUCGUAAAUCAAAGUUCCGUACCGAUGAUGUCUUUAAAUACAUCAUCUUCUCAUCCUUCUGGUAUGAGUAUUUCACCGUCUGUUGACGAUACAAACCAAAAGCAACAUUCAUUGGACACAUUACCGUCUUGUUUUUCAUCGAAUGAAGAAAACCGUGGCUAUCCUCACUCAAACAAUCGACCUUCGUAUACUUCUCAUCCUAAUUCAUUAACUCGUUCACCUGUUGUUGAUAGACGCCAACAGCCUAAUGUAUCGUUAGAUGUCUAUCACCCUUCAUCUGGACAACAUUCUUCAGUUUCUCCUUCUAUGCCAACACAACACUAUGUCCCUGCCCAGUAUAAUCAAUAUUUAUCUUCUAGCUCUGUUGAAAACAUCCCAUCUAAUCGAAUGAGUUCAGAAGCAUAUCCGCAGCAGCAGACACCGCUGGCAAACAUCCCACGUACAAUUGUCUUUACUAAAGGAUUACAGUUUCACUACUGGUCCAAUGACUUCCUUUUGCAUACAGGAAAGUUGAACAGAUUAUUGUCAAAAUUUAAAUCUACUUCAACAAAAUAUCCAACAAAUAAUGAAAAACAUUGGAGUAGGCUUGGUGUAAAGCCUAAUGAGGAACCAGGAUGUCCUACCGUUUGUCAGCAAGUAGACACAGGAAUGAAAACUGUUGUACGUGUGCCUAGCCGUCAACUUGCCGCUAGAACUAGUGGAGGUUCAGCUGAGGCGUAUAUGCAACCGAAACCAGUCAAUAUACGAUAUAAUCCGCGGAUGUACGAUGGUGGUCUACUGCCUAGACUGGAUUAUACUGAUAAACCGGUUGUUCUACCGGAAUUUAAACCACGAGAUAUGUGGGCUCCACAUCGGGCAUAUUUUGGGCAAAAUGACUACAUAGAUAUUCUUGGUGAUGGAAAAAUCAAACCACGGGAUUUCUACACUGGACCACCAUGGAUAUUAGGUGCACGAAAUGAAUACCAGCGUGUAUGUGGUCGACUGAAUAAUGCAGCUAUUGUUGCAUGGAUGGAAGAAUUUGAACCGUCCAAAUUGCAAGAUGAAUAUAAAUUACAAAGAUAUCUAUAUAAGAAGAUGAAUAAACGUAAAAAUAUCAAAUUUCAACGAUAUCGUGAUUCACCAUAGUUUCAUCAUUUUAUUACAUUGCGUUUAUCUCUUUUUUUGGUUUGUUUAAAUAUUUUGUACAUAUAGG